AUGGCAAGGUGCCAUCGCAGCUUCCUCGAGUCUAAGGCGCUCUCGAACCCCUCAUCCAAGUUGUCUGGCGAAGGAAAGGCGCUCGUUGCUGAUUUCAGAGAAGUGGUGAAGCAAGCAAAGAACCUCCUUCUGUCCAAGAACGAGGGCAACCUGCUUCAGGAUUUCAUCUGGCAAACACAGCAAUUCGACCCCAAAACCGUCAAUGUUCCUGGUGCUCCCGUUGACAAGGACACGGCGCAGCAACAUGGUAACCAGGCUCUUGAGGGUUUCCGCACUCUCGGAACCCUGAUCAUCACCAAUGGCCAGUUCCGCAAGCUUCUCAAGGACGCUACUAUCCUUCUCCGCGAUAUGGCUGGUGACGCCGCCACCAAUGCGGCUGCCCGCGUUAAGCCUUCACAUGAGGAUCUUAACCAGAUCGACACUCCGGCUGCGGACAACACCUGGCACGAGGCCCCCGAUUUCAAGCAAGGCAAGGAGGAGAUGAAGAACAAGUUGGGCAGCUACUACAAGGGUAAUCCCAAGGAGGAUGCGAAGGCUGUUGCUGCCGAGGGCACCUCCACUGCCCAUCCCACUGGAUCCUCUGACCCCAGAGAUUUGGCUGGCACUGCGGCUCGCGAGCAGGCUCAUGGCGGAUCAACCGGCAUCAAUGCUGUCGGUGGUGCCCAGGCCGCCGCUAAUGCCGCAAAGCGCCAGCUCGAUGCCAACCUUGACCAGGAGGCCAAGGACAAGGCCAAGGCGAAGAAGGACGAGUAUCGUGCCCGUACUAAGGAUUACUUCUCCAAGAAGAUGCCCCAGGAGCGCCGCGAGCAGACCAUCUGGCGUCUCAAGAAAAUGGUUCUGGAGUGCCAGCAGCAUCCCGAUUAUCACGCCGCCAUCACCACCUUGUUGAACCUUGCUGAAAUGUACGGUGAUCAUGCCAACCGGUUGGCCAAGGGCGGCACUGGUACUGUCAAGGAGACCCGCACUGGUUUGGCCCAGGCCGAGGGCGACCUCAAGACUUUGAUCGAGCGCUUUGCCAACGGCACUUCCACUGACGACCUUUGGGCCUCGAUCAAUGCCAUCUAUGAGGACGCCGACCGGGAUCCUGAGCUCAAGGGCUGGUUCAGGUCCUUGAACGUCUACAUCCGCCGCUGCCUCCAGGAGCAAGGCUACAUUCUCGACGACGAUUCCAACGUUCAGUGGAACGCCCUCUACGACCAGGGCAACUACCUUCUCCGCACCAAGUACCGCGUCCACACCGAUCGCAUUGUCGAUGAGAUCAAGUUCUUGGGUGACCAGUUUGAUCAGGACCCCCAGAACAAGGCUUUCGCCAACUCGUUGACCAAGCUCUUCACCGAGCUCGGCAAUGAUGAAAAUGGCAAGCCCACCUUCAAGCCCCAUCUGGUCAAGGAUCUUACCGAUGUCAUCCUCCCAGCCAUGUUUGAGAAGAUCGCAUAUAUCCCUGUGCCACGCAUAGAGUACUCUGACCAUCAGAUUGAUGCGGUCAUUGAGAACCUUGUUCUUGAGAGCGACAACUUCAUGCCCAACAUUCUCGAGAUUGCUAGUGAGAACUACAUGCGGUUUGGGCGCAAGAAUUUGAGCAACAAGAGCAAGCACUCGAUCGAUAUCAAGGUUGCCGGAGUCCAGAUGGAUUUGCGCGAUGUCAGCUACUACAUCAAGCGCAAGCAGGGCUUCCCCUCCCUCACCGACACGGGUGUGGCUAAUAUCCUGCUCGCCGGCGAUGGGUUCAGCUUUCGUAUGAAGAUGGCUACCCCCGACGAGCGGGAUUCGCAGAACUUUUUCAAGAUUGACAAGGUGGAUGUUGAUGUCAAGAACCUGCACAUCAAGCUGUCCAAGUCUAACCACAAGCUUCUGUUCGGCCUCUUCAAGCCCAUCAUGCUCAAGGUCCUCCGCCCUGGUCUGCAGAAGGCUUUGGAGAAGGCCAUCAAGGACCAGGCGGUCAAGCUAGAUAGAAUUCUCUUUCAGAUCAAGCAGGAGGCCGACCGUGCCAUGGAUCAGGCCCGUGAGGAUCCCGAGAAUGUUCCCAACAUUUACAACCGCUACGUCACUGCGGCCCAGAAGCAGAUUCUGCAGGGCAAGCAGAAGGCCGAAGCCGUUGCGGCUGACAAGAAGGUCAACUACGCCAUCACCAAGGAGGACAGCAUGUUCCCCAACAUCCACCUUCCUGGCGGCAUCAGCUCCAAGGCCACCGAGUACAAGGAGCUUGCCCGCAAGGGUGACAAGUGGGAGAGCCCUGUCUUUUCGAUUGGCAGCGCCUCCAAGAGCCGUGACAUCCCUCCCGCCCCUACCGUCACUCGCAAGCCGCACACCACCUCGGCUGACACUGCUGCUGCCCAUGGCGGUGCUUAUGCCGGUAAUGACGGUGCUUAUGCUGGCAACGGCGGUGCCUAUACUGGUAACGGCGGUGCCUAUGGUGGUAACGGCAGUGCUCAUGCUGGCAAUGGUGGCGCCUACUCCAACGGCGGUGCCUACUCCAACGGCGGCGCCUAUGCCCAUGGUGGUGCUCUUAAUGGCAGCGCUCUCAAUGGUGGCGCCCUCAAGGACAAGACCCAGCUUCCCCCAGCCGCUACCACGACUGCUCCCGCUGGUUAUGCCGUUUAA